AUGUACGGCAACCAAUACAUACAUACAAACAUACAUACAUACAUACAUGCAUACAUACACACAUACAUACAUACAUACAUACAUACAUACAUACAUACAUACAUACAUAUAUACAUAUAUGUAUAUGCACAUAUAAAUAAGUAUAUAUAUGCAUAUAUGUAUACUUUAAAGUGUCUAACUGCAAGCAGCGUACAAUUUUUAUUUCAAUUACUACCAGUUUUCGCGAGUAAUCGCAACAGAUACUGCCUUCAACACGGACCACCAGUUCACAAUGCAUCCUUUUUCAAAAUUCAUUAA